CAAAAUAUCUCGUUGCUAGGAUAAUGUAAAUAAUAAAUUCAACUUCAGAUAUUAUUGCGACGAUUGAUAAAGUAGUCGAAAUUUCGUUUGUAAAUUUUGACAGCGAAAUGGCUGCAUCAUUACAGUGUAAAGUUAUAUAUGGCUUAAAAACAGAUAUUAUUGGAAAUGCUCAUUACAUUACAGAUUCUGAGAUUUUAUAUCCCGUAGGAAAUGCAUUAUCAAUACAUAAUAUUUUUCAGCAACAACAAAAAUUGAUACAUUUACCUGCUAAACUUCAAAUAAAUAUUAUUUCUGUUGCACCUAAUAAGAGAUAUGCUGCUUUAUGUGAGACUGGUGAGAAACCUACUAUAUAUAUUUAUGACCUUCAAUCCUUAAGAAGAAGAAAAUCUUUAGGAAUACCAUAUGAGGCACACAAUGCAAUUAAAUUUAAUUGUAUUGAUUUUACCUUUGAUAAUAAAUAUGUAGUAGCUGUAACAGGAGAACCUGAUCAAACUAUGCUUUUUUAUAACUGGGAAAGAGGCAAAGUAGAGUCUAGCUUAAAAGUAGGUAAUCCACAGGAUACAUCUGCCAUCGUUAACUUAAUAUCCUGCAAUCCAUCAGAUACAGGGAUAAUAGCAAUUGGUGGGCCACAUGUAUUCAAAUUUUUAACUCUUUCUGAUACAGUAUGGCGUCCAUAUGGAUUUUCAAAAGCUGAGAAUGUAUUAAUAUGCUCUAUGACUUGGUUGAAUUCAGAUAGGCUUUUAGCAGGUACAAAAGAUGGUAGAAUACUAUAUCUGGAAAAUGGUGAUUUGAAGAAUAUUUAUCAAAUGAGUGAGACCAUAUCUAUGAAUCUAAAAAUUCGUGAAGAAUAUGUUAUUCACACUACUGCCUCUCCAUUAGCUUUAGAAGAUAGAGAUAAUGAUAGAUGGGAACAUGAUAUUCUUUCUUUGAUAUCAUUUCCAAAAGGCUUCGCAUAUGCCUUAGGUCCACGAACAAUUAUAGUUUUUGAGAAAGAAGGCUCACAUAUAUAUGUAAAAAGAAAUAUUUAUUUAGUUCCUUUGCAAGUGUCUAAAACUGAUUCUACAGAUUUAUAUAAAGUUAAUACCAUAGAUAUUAAUAUAAGUUUUGAUCAUCUAUUGGUAACUACAAGAUGGUCUCAAUUAUUUUAUAUAACGUUAUGGGGUCCAGAUUUAAAUAUGGAUCCAAAACCAAAAGAAAUGAGCGUAAUGGGCCAAUCAUUGCAUUACGGACCUAUUGGUGAUUUGUCUAUGUGCGCAUGGAAACCAAUUUUUAUGACCUAUGGAGAAAUUGACAGAAGCAUACGAAUAUGGAAUUUUGAAACUGAAAGCUUAAUCAUGCUUAAGCAAUAUGAAGAAGAUAUUUGUUCAAUUGCUUUACAUCCAAUGGGUUUAUUUUGUCUUGUUGGAUUUAUUGACAAACUGCGUUUUAUGAGUAUAUUAAUAGAUGAUUUACUGCCUAUAUAUGGAUUUUCAAUAAGAAAUUGUAAAACUGUAACUUUCUGUCAUGGUGGACAUUUGUUUGCUGCUGUAAAUGGAAAUGUUAUACAAGUUUAUACAACUAUCGGAUUUUAUAAUCGUUUCCUAUUGAAAGGGCAUACAGCAAAAAUAAAUUGCUUAAAGUGGUCUCAAACAGACAACAAGUUAAUGAGCAUAGGUGAAGAGGGUGCCAUUUAUGAAUGGGAUAUAAAUAGUGGACAGCGUACUGCAGAGAUCAUUUUAAGAAAUAUCAUUUUAUAUGAUAUUGUAAUUGCUGCCGAUCAAUCGUUUUUAUAUUGUAUCGCAAAUGAUAAUCGAAUUCGUGAUAUUAGGAAUGACACGGUUUCAUCUGAAUUUACCUUAAUGGAUAAGAGCAUAUAUUAUAUGGCAAUGGGCAAGAAUGAUACAUUUUUAUUUGUGACUUGUUUAGGAGGUAUUAUAUCGUCAUUGAAAUGUCCUCUUCAAUCGCCUGUAGAAUUUAUAGAUUUCCAUCUUCAUUCUAGCGAUAUUACAAAGAUAGCUCUUUCUUACAAUGAACAGUAUUUAGUAUCUACUGCUAAAGAUGGUAGUUUAUGUAUUUGGAGAUUAUAUUAUGCGGAUGGAAAAGUAACAUUAGAUAAAGGACUUAUAUAUACUAAUGAAGUAUUGAUUGGUAAAACGGAUUUGGAAGAAAAAAUACAAAUGAUCAGUGAUUUGACAGUAAGAAUGCGGGAAUUGGAAACUGAACAUGCAUACAGAAUAAGACAAAUGGAAGGUCAACAUAAUGAUAAAAUGCGUGAGUUACAUCAGGCAUAUUGCGCAGCUAUCGAAGAAUUAAAAGACAAGAUAAAUAAAUUGCAAGAAGAUCAUACAAACGAAUUAAAUAAUAUAAAUGUAGAAAUAGUGAACAUGAAAAAUGUUCAUGAGAAAGCAAUGCAACAAAUGGAGAUUAGUUAUGAUGCCAAAUUAAUUGUGGAAUAUGAUAAGUAUCAAGCAUUGGAAGAAAAAAAUAACAUUAUGUGCCAACAUUAUGAAAAAUGUUUGGAUGAUUUAAAGAAAGACAGUGCAGAUGUAUUGCAGCAAACUAUAGUUAAAUAUGAAGCUCUUGUUCAUGAAAAAAAAGUACAACUAGUCGAAACUCAAGAGGAAAUGGAACAUCAAGCGCAUACACAAGAAUUAUUAAUGGCGCAAAUAGAAGAUGAUGCCGAUAGAGAAAUAGUUGAUAUACGUACAAAUUAUGAAAAUGUCUUGUAUGAGGAGAGCCAAAUGAAUUUAAGGCUGAAAGGAGAAGCUGGAGUAUUACGUAAUAGAUAUAUGGCCAGUCAAAAGGAUAUUGAAGAAUUGAAAAGACAGGUUCAGCGUGUACAAGGUGAAUAUGCUCAAUUUCAGAAAACUAUACAAGAGUUGGAAAAAGAUGUAUUGGAUUUAAAAGAAGAGAUUAAUGAAAGGGAUAUAACAAUUCAAGAAAAGGAGAACCAUAUAUACGAAUUGAAACAUAGUAAUCAAGAAUUAGAGAAAUUCAAAUUUGUUUUAAAUUAUAAAAUCCAAGAAUUAAAAAAUCAGAUUGAACCUAGGGAUCACGAGAUCAGAGAUCUUAGGGAGAAAAUACAUGAUAUAGAAACAGAAUUAGUAAAUCUUCAUAAGACGAAUGUUAGUUUAGAAUUGCAAUUGCAUGAAUUAAGAGAAAAAUUAGCAUCAGCACGACAUGAGGUUUAUAUGGAAGUACAACGGAAUAAAAGAUGUCAACGUUUAUUAAGAAAUAUACAAGUAGAUUUACUUGAUACUGCCGGCCUUAUACAAGAACCUCAUGCAUUAAAAGUUGCGGUAACAAAUUUAUAUCAUAAAUACAGCUCGGACGAUGAAUUCUUACGCAGUCGUAAAGCUGAUUUAGAUGCACAAUGUGAUUUUAUGAAACAAAGAGAUCAUUUAGAAAGGACACUAGCAUCUCUCAAAAAACAAGUCUUUCACACAUCAAGUAGAAAUAAAGACCUAGAUAAAGCAAUAAUGGAUAAUGUUACUCUUAUAUCAGAAUUAAAUACUUUACGAGAAGAAUUAAAAGUAGCAUAUAAGCAUAUAAUAGAUAUGGAAAGUUUAUUAGGAUUAACAAAAAGAAAAAUGAAGCCGAUAGAAGCCAGAAACAAAUUAGAAGAAGCUUGCCAUGGAUAUGAACAGUUGCAAACUGAAUAUAAACUUGAAAUGCAGGAUUGUCAAAGUUUAAUUGUUGCGUUAAAAGAUGACAUAAAACGACUUUUGGAUAAAUUGCCAUGCGAAGUGACAGAAAAAUGAAACUAUACUAAGUAAUAUUUAAGUCAUAUAAAUUUAAACAUUUCUCAAUGCGUUAUAGAUAUUAAUAUA